AUGGCAUCUCCAGCGAACAAGUGGCCCUCCAGAGAAGGAUUUACUGCGGAUGUGGUGGGAAGAGUCAUCUCGCGCACCUUGCUAGAUCCCUGGAAGAUGGUGCCUCUGUUUGCUCUGGCUCAAUAUACUGUCAAGGGACGCGAACUCUUCGAGGCGCGACCCCAUGCGUUGAAGGCACUCAAGACAUUCACCUCACUGGCAGUCCUCGGCCGACUCGGCGCAUGGCUAGAUCGCCGUACGAUCAACAACGGCUACAGAGAUCAGUACAACUGGAACCGAGAGAUCGUUGUCCUGACCGGUGGCAGUAACGGCAUUGGCCGACAAGUGGCCCAAUUGCUGGGCGAUCGCGGUAUCAAAGUAGCCAUCCUGGAUAUAUCGCCACCGGCAGACACCCUACCCAACAGCGUCCGUUUCUACCAAUGCGAUAUCACCUCCGCUGAAGAUAUCGCCUCGGCCGCUCAAUCCAUCCGCGCUUCCUUCGGACGCCCCACCAUCCUGAUCAACAACGCAGGCAUUUGCACCGGCAAAACCAUCCUCGGCACCACACCCGAACAAACACGACGCAUGUUCGAAGUCAAUACCUUCGCUCAUUACUGGCUCGCGCAGGAAUUCCUCCCUGAUAUAGUCGCCAGCAACCACGGGAUGGUAGUGACCAUCGCCUCACAGGCAGGAUACACCGUGACGCCGAACAUGGUGGAUUACUCGGCUAGCAAAGCGGCGGCCAUUGCUUUCCAUGAGGGACUUGCCGCCGAGCUGGUUACGCGGUACCAGGCGCCAAAGGUCCGCGCCGUCUUGGUGACGCAAGGCUUCACGCGCACGGCGCUCAUUAAGAAUCUCACCCCGGAGGAUACUUUUGCUAAUCCUCUAUUGUGGCCGGAGACUGUUGCGGAGGCUAUUGUUAGUCAGGUGCUUACUGGGGAGAGUGGCCAUGUUCUUGUGCCCACUACGGCUGGGUGGAUCGCGCAGCGGCUCCGCGGUGAAAACACAGUAGAAACACAGCUCUGGCUUGAGAAAGUGACGGAAUCGCCAGCCCCGUCCAUUUCGUGGCACGUGCACGGCCUUCACCGCGACUUCGAUUGGCUCCACUUGCUGAACAGCUCAUCCUGUGCCACUCUUUUUUUCACGCAGGUUUUGUCUGCAGUGCUGAGUUAA